GCUGGGGCUGGUGCUCCCGAGUCUCGGAGCCUGCCUGAGUCGGUGGCUCUGCUGGCGUUUGGACCCGUUGAGGUGGUGCCCAGUUCCCAAGGGAGCAGCCACGUCAUCGCUGGGCCAAGAUCUCAGGGCUGCCUUGCCAUCCUUUGCUGGCUGAGGGAGAGCUUGGCGUGGGAUGUGCUGUGUAGCCGAGGGUGUCCGCUUUGGACAUGGCAGAAACAAGAGUCAGUCUGUCCUUUAAACGGAUGCAGUUCUUGAAAAAUAUGAAACUGAUGUGACAUUGACCUGCUGUACGGAGGCUGGCACCCUUCCAAGUCUGCCCUCUUCCCCAUCUCUGUUAAAAGAUUUUAUGAGCCUCAAGUGGUUUGUGAGUUGAAUUGUGCUCUUGAGAACAUCACCUCAAGUUGUGAUAGUAUACGGAUGCUGUAACUGUGACCAAUGAAUUCUCAACUUCAGCGUGAAGCAGAACCUACUCUCCUAGACGCACCUGAAGAUUUCAUAGCAUGAGUGAGGAGUUUAGACCCGGAACUGCUGUUUUUGAAAAAGCCUAGCCUGUUCUGGGUUCAAAUAGCAAGUAACUCAUCUGCAAACUGUUGGUCUCGUCUUCAUCCUUUUAACAUGUUCAACAAUUAUAAUAAGUUCUACCACAGGAAAGCUCUUACCUCCCCAUAUCCAGGAUCACAUGUUGAGCGUAGCCAAGUUCCUGAAGAUAAAGUGAGCUGGCUGAUUGAGUGGAAAGAUUAUAAUCCUGUGGAGUACACUGCAGUGUCUGUUUUGGCUGGACCCAAUUGGGCAGAUCCCCAAAUCAAUGAUAAAGGUUUUUCUCCCAAAUUCAAUGAGAGAGAUGGAGAAGUGGAGAGGAAGAGUCUGAAUGGCUUGUAUGUGGUUGAGAACGGGAGACCCCAAAAUCCAGUGGGAAGGACUGGCCUCACAGGCAGAGGAUUGUUAGGGCGCUGGGGACCAAACCAUGCUGCUGAUCCUGUCGUGACUAGGUGGAAGAGAGACAGAAGUGGCAAUAAAAUUGCUCAUCCGGUUACUGGCAAAAACAUCUUACAGUUCGUAGCUAUCAAGAGGAGAGACUGUGGGGAAUGGGCCAUUCCAGGGGGGAUGGUGGACCCAGGGGAGAAGGUUAGCGCUACCCUGAAGCGAGAAUUUGGGGAGGAGGCCUUGAACUCCUUGCAGAAAUUGCCUGAGGAGAAAGUGGAAUUGGAGAAGCAACUCCACAAGCUCUUCAGCCAGGAACACUUUGUGGUGUACAGAGGAUAUGUGGAUGACCCUCGUAACACUGAUAAUGCCUGGAUGGAGACGGAGGCUGUGAACUAUCACGAUGAAACCGGUGAGACAAUGGAUAACUUGCCUCUGGAAGCAGGCGAUGAUGCUGGAACAGUGAAGUGGGUUGACAUCAGUGAGAAGCUCAAGCUGUAUGCAAAUCAUAGCUACUUCAUUAAGCUUGUGACUGAAGAAAGGGGAGCCCACUGGAGUGAGGAUCCUGGUCCUGGGUGCUGUGAGUGAUGUAAACAAGGAACGGACUGACACCAAGGGGAGCUUUGAAAGUUUUCCAGCUUUGAAACAGAUGACACUGCCCUUCUCAGUGAAAAUUCCAUGAAAUUCAGCUGGCAACAGCACUUGUCAGUGAUAAAUGGAGGCUUUUGCUUAAAUAGAGGUUUUGCUUUCUUGUCUUCACUCUUUGCAGCCAUUUCAUCAUAAUAACUGCAGAUUUGCAUGACAUCAUUGGGAUUAUGACUGGUUGUAGUUCAGAGACUGUUCACAUUUGCUAUGUAUUUUUGCACUGACUUCUUGAUAGAAGCGUGAAUCCUUAAGGAUGUGAGACUUGUAAGAUGAUAACCUAAAGAAUGAUUUAAAUUAAGUGCAACAUAAUAAAGUGAGUUGUUUCUCUUAA